ACCUCACUGAGUCACAGCCUCCGUCAGAAGUUACACAGCUCUGUCACCCAUGAAGCCCAAAGCCUAACACUGACCAGCCACAAGCAGAGGGUUCACUGAUAUCUCCGGCCCCAAAUACAGAGAGAGCACACACACUGGCCCCAGACUAGGCACUGAGUUUGGCCCUAGACCAAGUUCUGACCCUUGAUGUGGACUGAGCCCUAAUCCUAUGUGACUCUGUCCAUAGACAGAGCCAUUGUCUGAAUAAAGCUGAUUAUGAUACCGUGGUCUCGAGAUUGGUCUCCUUCAACCCUGACACUUGGUUACAGAUACCUGAAUGCCAGCUCUCGGUGCGUCAAACUAGUCCCUGCCAGCCCCACACAGACUCAUUCCUCACUAUGGAGCUCUGACUUCCCGCACACUCUUCAGCCAUCUGGUAAACCGAAUGAGGGUAUGGAUGAGUCAACCCCACCAAGUCCCCUCUUGUGGGUAAUUCCCUUACCUGGCCAUCUGUCAUUCACAGGACAAUGGAGUGGCAAUGGCCCUUGGAUGCUAGUGGCAGUAGAGAAGUGUGAGGAGGUUGGGUCUUUUGAGUUCCCCCAGUGCACGGAACUGUGUGAGUGAACUAGAGAUGGGGAGUUGAGGAAGGGGCUGGACCUGGGAGCCCAGCAGUAGGUCCGGAGCUCAGACGGGCUGAAACCCCGAGCUUCCCGCCACCCCCCUGCUUCCCCCUCUGGGAAGGGAAAUUACAUUUCCCCAUUUUAGAAGGGAAGACUUGGUGAGCACAAAGCUGAAAGUACAAGCAGGACAGAAAGUGAAACUGGGCGCAACCCCCAGUAUAAGACCCCUCUACCCAGGAGAUGGCUGCACUCAGAGGCUGGGCCCUGACAUGGGCCAGGUGACCGGAGGCCUUGGCUGGCGGCUCAGCCUGCUGCUGCUACCCUUGCUUCUGGUGCAAGCUGGUGCCUGGGGGUUCCCAACAGGCCCCCUGAGCCUGCAGGAGCUGCGCAGGGAAUUCACAGCCAGCCUGCACCUUGCCAGGAAGCUGCUCUCUGAGGUUCAGAGCUAUGUCCACAGCUUUGCUGAAUCUCGGUUGCCAGGAGUGAACCUGGACCUCCUGCCCCUGGGACAUCAUCUCCCCAAUGUUUCCCUGACCUUCCAGGCAUGGCGUCACCUCUCUGUGAGUGAAGGGCAGGGAAUGGGGAAACUGGCAGUAGAGCCUGGUACACAGACAAGGUCUGUGGGCCUUCCCUCACAGGUGCUGGCUGCGGGCUUUAAGUGCUCUGAGGAGGAGGAAGACAAAGAGGAAGAGGAAGAAGGGAAGGAGCUGCUCCUAGGGGCUCUGGAUGGCCCCAACCAGGUGUCAUUCCAAGUGUCCUGGCCCCAGCUGCUCUAUACCUACCAGCUCCUACACUCCCUGGAGCUUGUCCUCUCUCGGGCUGUUCGGGACCUGCUGCUGUUGACCAUGCCCCAGCACCCAGGCCCGGCUUGGGAUUCCUAACACCUAGCUUCCGGC